AGAUCUCGCAAAAGUCCGUCUUAAUUUUUUUUUCUCCCAUGUCCCCUGCGGGGCUCCGUACCAAACAGAUAUUACAACUUUUAAAAAGCAGACACGGACAAAGACAUUUUAGUCUUAGUAAACAUAUGCGAGGAAGCCUGUUUAUUUUGGUUAUGUUAAAAAUUGGCCAAAAUGACUAAAGAUGUGCACAAGAUGUGCCCAGAUCAGUAGGAGAGGUGUUCCAAAUAACAGGACCACAGAAACUGAGGCACACUUGGGUCUCAAUCUACGAUCAGUUGAAAGAUCUGCAGCUGAUGACUUCAGUGAUCUGACUGGUAUUUGAACAGUGAGCAAGUCAAAGAUGUAGUAGGAGGUCAAACCAUAGAGUGCUUUGGGAACUAAUACAAUCAUUUUAUAUUGCACUGGAAGCCAAUGAAGUGAUCCUGAUACUGGGGUAAUAGAGUCAGAUCUCUGCAUAAGCACUCCGACUGGUACAUUUUGAAUGUGCUGAAGUCGUCUUACUGAUGAUUUGGAGUGUACAGAAAAUAGAGCAUAUAAUGAUCUAACCUGCUUGAUAUGGAAGCAUAGUCUAUGCUUUGAUAUCAAGCAAACUGUUUAAAGUUAAUAAUGUGUACUUUAUUAAUCCUGUAGGAAAUUGUUUAGUCCUCUGCAUUUAACCCACUAACUCAGUGGGCAGCUAACAAUUCAAUGCCUGGGGAGCAGUGUGUAGGUAUCUUAGGCGAGCUGUUCGAUGGAUUUGAACCUCCAACUCUUUGAUCAUGGGGCGAACACUCUACCUACUGAGCUAUCUCUGCCCUUCUUCACUGAACCCACUUCAUUUUAGAAAAGGCAAUGAGAAAUAUUCUGUCUCUGACUUUUUUGGACCAACAGCAAAUGUUUCUGUCUUCAAUCUGUUUAGUUCUAAAAAGUUGUGAAUCAUUCAGUGAUUAAUGCCAUCAGUGCAGCUCAUUAGUUUCUGAAUAGAGGUCAGAUCAUCAGAGGAAAACUGAUAAGUAUUAUGUGCACAAGAAGAGUAGGAUAUGUUAUGAUUCUUUCUGACAGUACCAAGUGGGAGCAUGUAAAUGUUAAAGAGUAAUGGACCCAAAGGAUCGAGCCUUGAGGAACACCAGAUUGAAUUUUUAUUUGUGCAAAUAUUAAACCGCUAAUAGACACACAAAAGCCCCUCAAGUCUUCACUAUGAUGAGAGCCAACCAUCAACCCACCUGUCAAAGCAACAGAGCCAUGAAGCCUUUGAAUUAAAAUGUCCUGCUCCAUAGUGUCAAAGGCAGCACUGAGACUGAGCAGCACUCAGUCUGCUGUUUCUGUGCUGUGAUUGGAUCUGAAACCUCCCUGGAAAAGUAAAGACUGCGACAUGCCACUGCGGCUCCAGCAUUCAAACUGAGCAUCUUCUGAAGCUAGCAAGAAUUUGUAAACCCUCAUGAAAUAGGCCAUUCAGUUUCUGUCUAACUGCUGAGCUGGAAAACCUUCAUUGACCAGGAUGUGCGGUCAUGUAGAGAGACUGGUUUUAGUCUCUUUUCUCUUCAUGACAUCUUCACCUGUUGCAGAUGGUCAGAUCAGACUAGCUGGGUCUGGGUCCACUCGGUGCUCUGGAAGAGUUGAAAUCUAUCACAGUGGCUCCUGGGGAACAGUCUGUGAUGAUGACUGGGACUUAAAUGAUGCUGAAGUGGUCUGCAGACAGCUGGGCUGUGGGGCAGCAGUAAAUUUCUAUCGAUCAGCUCACUUUGGUCAAGGUACAGGACAAAUCUGGCUUGAUAAUGUGGCCUGUUCAGGAACUGAAAGUUCUCUAACCACAUGUCAACACAGAGGACUUGGGAAACAUAACUGUGGACAUGGUGAAGAUGCUGGUGUCACAUGUUCAGUUGGACAGAUAAGAUUAGUUGGAUCAACUCAGUGCUCUGGAAGAGUUGAAAUCUAUCACAGAGGCUCCUGGGGAACAGUGUGUGAUGACAGCUGGGACUUAAAUGAUGCAAAAGUGGUCUGCAGACAGCUGGGCUGUGGGGCAGCAGUAAAUUUCUAUCGAUCAGCUCACUUUGGUCAAGGUACAGGACAGAUUUGGCUUGACGAAGUGGCCUGUUCAGGAACUGAAAGCUUUCUAACCGCAUGUCAGCACAGUGGUUUGGGGAAACAUGACUGUGGACAUGGUGAGGAUGCUGGCGUUGCCUGUUUAGACAAACCAAAACCCAGGAUCUCCAUUAGUCCUUCUGGUCAAGUUACCUGGGGUCAGAAUGUCGCCAUCAAGUGUUCGAUCACAGCUGAUCAGUUAAGUGGAGCAUUUAUCUUCACAAAGACCUCAGGCUCAUUCAGCAGGAGAAUAACAUCAAGCAGAAACUCUGCUACCCUCAGUAUCUCUAAUGUAAACCUUGACAAUGAGGGAUCCUACCAGUGUCAGUUUCAGAGGGAUUUGAUUGCAGACUCCAACGCCCCUCUAAGUGAUUCUGUGAGACUCUCAGUGACAGUCAACCUCCCAAAGCCCAGAAUCACCAAGAAUAUUAUUGGUGCAGUCACCUGGGGCCAAACUGUGAGCAUCACUUGUUCAAUCUCAACUCAGCAUUUAGGUGGAACAUUCACUCUGCAGCAGACCUCAGGCUCAUUCAGGAAGAGCCAAACAUCGAGUACAAACUCUGUUA